AUGGCAGGUGCAUUAUGUAAGUGGAUACGCACCUGUCCCCAACUGCAUACUUCAUUAUCGUUAUUGUAUGGUGGAAGUCAGAAACGGACAAUUGUUGAAAAGAGUAAAUUAAAACUUGACCCAGACACUUAUCCGGAUCCGUGGCCUUACAAAGAGAAAGGAUACCGAUGGCAGCAUGUUGUUGUUGAUCGGACGCUAAAGAGAUUUCAUGAAAAUUCGAAAUUGAUAGUGGUUGAAGGGAAUAUUGGUUCGAAGAAGUCGGAUAUGGCCCGGUCACUUGCGGAUGGAUUAGGUUUUUAUUUUAUUCCGGAAUUUCAAAUGGAGGAAGUUCUGAUAGAUCGUUUUGGCAACGACUAUAGGAAUUAUUAUCAUUUGUUUCCAAAAUCCUUCCGUCUGUUUGACAUGAAUAUGUUCUACAAAGACCCUUACAACGACCAGACAGCAAAGAUGCGUGAUCGUAUUCUCAGAUGCAGAUUUGAUCAGUAUUUGAACGCUGUAGCACAUAUUAUGAAUACUGGUCAAGGUGUUGUUUUGGAACGUACUCCUCACACUGAUUUCAUUUUCGCUAACGCAUGUCGAGCUAAAAAUUACAUUGGACCAGAAUAUUUCACCUAUUAUUACAUCGAACGCAAGAAUAUGAUACCAUAUUGCAAAUUCUGGCCACAUCUGGUUAUUUAUUUAGAUGUGCCGCUCGAUAAAUGCCUGGAGAACAUCCGUCAGCAGGGCAAUAUAGACAAAGUAGCAAUUGCCGACCGAACCUAUUUGCAAGUAAUCGAGGACUCAUAUAAAGAUGCCUUGAAGGAAUUUAGGAAGCAUUCCGAAAUUUUGGUUUACGACUGGACAACACCUGGAAAUGUGGAUAACGUUGUGGAAGAUAUUGAAGAUAUGGAUUUUGACUUCUUUGAACAUCACAGAAGCGACGUUUUUGGGACUUGGGAAGUCGGAAAAAGCGAAGUGGACUAUUCCAUUGCACGAAAUUUUGUAACGGAUAAAAGAGAAGCACAUGGGUUAGCAUUUUUGGGUCUUCCUGAACAUGAAUGUGGCGAAUUAUACCAGAGCCCUCGAGAACUUGGUCGCUUCAUUCAGUGUAUUCAUAAUGAGAUUCUAAAAACACCAUAUGUUUAUUCAGCAAUCAGGCGUAACGGCGAUAAGUUUGGAUGGUUCAGUAAAGUAAGCACAUUCACAAAAGGAGAACCAUGGUUUGAGUAUUAUUACAAAGACGCAUAUCUGGAAGAUCUUAUUGGUGUCCAGGAAGUAAUCACAGACCCAUCACUUCAAAGUUACUACAAUCAGAUUCAUAAUGAACACUAA